AUGCUUGAGUCGUUUAAAAAGACGUUUGUAAGGAGUCGGGAAAAGCAGGGUAAGACAGACGCAGCGUCGCACAAUGCAGGCAAUGCAGCAGCAGCUGCGGCAAUCGCCACUUGGGGGGGACCGGACGCCGGAAAGGCGGAAUGCUCGUUUCCGUCUCCAGGCGGCACGAAUCCGACGGCUUCCGUUCGUCGCGACCCGAAUGAAGAGAUUGCGCAGGCGAGCUUGCCGCCUUUUGCGGAGCUGCCGCUGUUAAAUGACGUGGGUGUGCAGGAGAAGCAGGCCCUAUUCAUCCGGAAGCUUCGUCUCUGCAGUUACCUCUUCGAUUUUAACGACCCCAUGAAAAACGCGACGGAGAAGGAGAUUAAGCGGCAAACGCUGCUCGAGCUAGUCGACUACGUUGGUCGUGGAACCGGGAAAGUCAACGAGGCGGUAUUCGAAGACAUCGCGCGCAUGCUGGAGAUCAAUCUCUUCCGGCCGUUACCGCUGUCCGCGCACGCGAUUUCUGGGACGGAACCUAAGGGCCCGGAGGAAAAGAAGCCGACUAUGGAAGCCGCGUGGCCGCACCUGCAAAUAGUCUACGAUUUCCUGCUUAGCCAGGAGGCGGUGCUGUUUCUGGAGGAGUUGGAGGAGGUUUUGAAGGAGACUCAGUUGCCGGAGUUUCAGAUGGUCAUGACGCCGCUGUUCCAGCAGAUCGCAUGCUGCCUCAGCUCCUCGCACUUCCAGUCGCCCGAGUAUCAGAUGGCCACGACGCUGCUGUUCCAGCAGAUUGCGUGCUGCCUCAGGCCCUCGCACUUUGAGCAGACGCCCGAGUUCCUGACAUUCAUGACGCCGCUGUUCAUGCAGAUUGUGCGCUGCUUCGGCUCCUCGCACAUCAGAUGGUGGAACAGCGACUGCUUCUUGAUGCUCGUGGCUCAGAACUCUUAUGCCUCUCCCUCCACCCUCCCUCCUUCCCCCCCAACGCAAUCCCGUUCCCCUUCUGCCUUCAAAUUGCGGAACAGCGACUACUUCGUGGCGCUCGUGGUGGCGCACAUUACCGCUUCAUGUGCGCCCUAA